CGUAAACCGUUCUGAUCUCGUCCGUCCGAAGGCAGACGGUACCCUCGUCACUUGUGCUGCUGUAUGGCGUUUGUCCGCACGGAUUCGUACCGAGCUGCAGGGAUCGCGUGCCUCAGGCCCUCCAUCUACUUUGUGGACGAUGGCUAGCAACAACCAUUUCUUCGAAGGCGCUGAGAAGCUGCUGGAGGUGUGGUUCCUUCGCACCGAGCCGGGCCAGAACCUCCGACACAUCGCCAGGGAGGACUGGGAAGAGGUUCUGAAGACGGUUCGCUGCCAGAUCAUCAGCACAAUUAAGAACGACAGCCAAGAUGCCUAUCUCCUCAGUGAGAGCAGCAUGUUUGUGUCUGACCGCCGGUUCAUCCUGAAGACUUGUGGAACAACUCUGCUCCAUAAUGCCCUUCCCCUCAUGCUGGAGCUGGCCAAGCAGAAGUGUGGCUUCCACACAGUAGAGGACAUCUUCUACUCCCGUAAGAACUUCAUGCGGCCGGAGCUGCAACACAACAUGCACCGCAGCUUCGAGGAGGAGGUCAUCAUCCUGGAGAAGCUGUUCCAAGACGGGGCGGCGUACUGCCUGGGCAGGAUGAACGGAGACUGCUGGUAUCUGUACACAACCAACAACCCUGACAGCAGCAAGCCGGGCCAGGCAGAGCCGGACCAGACUCUGGAGAUCCUGAUGAUGGACCGGGAGCCGGAAGGCAUGAAACUGUUCCCCAAGAUCAGCAUCGAUCCUGCCGAGAUCGCAAAGAUCAGCGGUAUUGCAGACUUGGAGCCCGGAACUCUUAUUGAUGACUUUCUGUUUGAGCCAUGUGGAUAUUCCAUGAACGGGUUACUGCCUGAUGGUGCCUACAUGAAUAUCCAUGUGACUCCGGAGAAGGACUUUUCCUAUGCUAGUUUUGAGACCAAUGUGUCAAAGAAAAGCUACGCGGACUUGGUGAAGCGAGUUCUGAAUGUUUUCAAGCCGGGUCGCUUUGUGAUGACGCUGUUUGCCAACAUGGAAUCCCAAAUGUUCAGUGCGCUGGAGAAAGGUGGUAGUGGGGACCGUGCUAAACUGACUUCUGAAGUGUACCCCGGCGACUCCACCUUCGAGGAUAAGAUCUCCGACUUCCAGCGGCAGGACUGGCAGGCCAGCAAGUUCAGCAACUACUACCUGACCUUCUGCAACUAUGCCAAGGUCAAGGCCAAGCCCAGCUGACAUGGCGACUACAUCAUACGCCGUCCAGUCAUUUCGGAUCAGCUGCUAGAAAAUGUUAUGUUGGAGGCAGGCGGAUGGCAAAAUGCUUAAUGUAGAUUUUGUUGUAAGAAACUUGUAAGGCCAGAAUCGUCAGUUAUCGGUUUGAGCCUUUUAUCGUGUUUGAUGCAAACAUUUGGCCAAUGUUUACAUACUAAGUAUUGAUUAUAAUGUAUGUGCCAUGAUAUACUUGAUAAGAUUAUAUGAGAUGGAAGACAGUA